GCCUUGGCUUUGAUUUCCUUCAAGACAAAAGAAGAAAAACUCUGGUCUAAUGGCGACCACAGUAAGAAGCACAGCUCUAAAAAGACUCAAACCUGACAGGAAACACCUUGGAGCAGGCACAAUUUCCUCAAGAGUCUUACAUAAUAAUAGCCAAGCUACCAGCUCUAGCGCAAGCGCUAGAGCUCUUGCUGCUUCAAAUUCGAUUAAUGCAAAACUUGUUAUUGAAAAAUUGCUGAAUAAAAAUAGGUAGGGUAUCAUUAAGACCUUCUAUUAGAGGAAGCUCUAAGAAACUCAUCAAUAACACAUUUGACAACUCAAAGAGGAACUCGUUACGGAAUGAUUACGAUUUUACUUCUUCCCUACCAGCAUAUACAUCCUUCAAUCAGAUAAACUCAGCCAGGAAGGAAUACAGAGGUACUAUCAGCCUUGCUAAGCGGAGAGACAGGAUCAAGGAUCUCAAUGUUGCUCCAAAAGUUCGACAAAGUUUAGAAAGACAUGAAAUAAAUAAAUGGAAAACAACAAUUAACAACACCAUGAUGCAUGACCAUGACAAGAAGGAAGAAGAAAGUUUGAUCCGAAUUAUGGAUAAUAGCAAUUACUACCCUAAUGAACAAAUCGGCGAAUACGAUGAUACGCCUUACCUUACCAUUCCAGCUUUUGGAAAUGCUCAAAAUAAGUCAGGCCAUAAUGGCAUGAAUGAUGGAUCUGAAAAUGGGUAUUCAAGUCCAGGCCAAUUUACUUUCCGUAGAAGUAGCGGGGCAAAGGUAUAUCCUCCUACAAUGAAGGACCAGGACAUUCAAUGUGAAAUUUUGAAGCCAAACAACAGCGAGGCACUUAGCGAAAGCGUCAGCGAGUACUCCUUUGUGGAGCAUAAAGUAACAGUCAAUGAGCAUAACUCUCGUGACAGGAAAUUUGAAGUUAAUCUGUCAACCAGAAAUGUUAAAAAGUAUAAAAACCAGUAUUCCAUAGCCAAAAGAAUUGAACAAGAACCAUCAGAGGUAGAUAUUGAUGGCUAUCUCCUCGGAAGCGAAAAUGAAAGAGGAGAAGUUCUUAGCACUUCUAAAAAUGGUGAGGAGGAGAAACAUUGCUCCAACCUUGGAGCUGACAAGCUAGAGGAUUCUUCUUCAAAACGUCAGUCCUUUCUUCUGCACCCAAAAAUUGUCUCCAAUCAACUUUUAGAUCCAAUGAAGCUAAAGUCUGGUACUUUUGAUAAAAGGAAGAAACCUAAAAAGAUAGGAACUUACAAGACUAGAAUCGAGAAAAGCAUGAAGAAGAUCAACAACACUAUUGGGGACAGCAACUUUGAUAAGACAGUAACUGGGGGAGUCAGUCAGCUCUCGGUGUGCAGCAAGUUUAUCUCCCCAGUACUCAAGAACAGACUGAAGAAGAAGUCUACUAAUAAUAACGAAUCUGAAAUUUCUGAAAAUUUGCCUAUUUCUACUACUCAACAAUCAAAUGAUCAGUAUUUGAUGGAAGAAAUCAAGGAGCUUCAGACAAAUGAAAAUUUGAAGGAGAAUACUACUGAAUUUCCCAAGAUGGGGUCUGGCGAUAGCCAUAAGAAUGAUAUUUACACUAGACAGAUAUCUUUUAAAGACAAGAGCAAGUUUAUUGGCAGACCUAAUAAUAUCAGUAUUGGACUCCUCAAAAAGAAACCUCAAGGACUAGCUCCUGUGUUUGGAAACCUCAAAAAGUGGUCUAAAGGUGAACGCCUUGGCUUUGGAGCCUAUGGAGAUGUAGUCAAAGCAAUCGACCGCACAGACGGAAGUAUUUUUGCAGUUAAAAAGAUGCUUAUUCAAAAGAAUCAGAAUGAGUUCAACAAGGAUGCUAUAGAAGCACUCAAAUCUGAGAUUAAGAUCUUGAAGGAUUUUGAGCAUGAAUUUAUAAUAAAAUAUAUUGGCUCUGAGAUAAUUCGUGCAGACACUUUCUACAUUUAUCUCGAAUUCGCAACUGAAGGAAGUCUGGUUAAUAUGUAUAAAGAAUUCGGUCCUUUUGAUGAGAAGCUUAUUAAGAAGUACUGUUGAGAAAUUCUGAAUGGCCUUGCUUUCUUGCAUGGAAAUAAUAUUGUUCAUCAGGACCUAAAAUGAGCCAACAUUCUGAUUAAGAAUGGACAUGUCAAAAUAUCAGAUUUUGGUUGAGCAAAAAUUAUUCAAAAGAGUAUGACAUGACAUAACCUUUAUAAAUCACUUAAGGGAACCAUUCCGUGGAUGGCUCCUGAAGUUAUCAGGCAAAAAAUGUCUGACUGAAAGGCAGAUAUCUGGUCUCUUGGAUGAACCAUCAUAGAAAUGGCUACCUGAGCUAACCCAUGGGGAGAAGAGAAUAUUGGAAAUAAUAUUGAGGAUUUAUACAAGCUCUGAGAUCGUUUUGAUCAUCCUCCAAUCCCAGAUUUCUUUUCUGAUAAGCUCAAAGAUUUUCUUGAAUGAUGCUUUAUCAUUGAACCCAAAAUGAGGCCUUCUUCUGAGCAACUCCUUCUACACGAGUUCUUACAAGAAGGUUAAUUUAUUAGAUAAAUUCGUAUUAUUUUACUUCA